GUGAACGUCACUUCCUUCGAUAAACAUUUUUCGGCUAGCAUCCUGUGGUUCGAGGCAUUUUUUCUCGGAGAAGAAGUAUCCUUUUACCAUACAUCAUGGCGUCCUUACACGCCUUUGUGCUGGUGGAUUAUAUUAUUUUUGGGUUGACUAUUGCUAUAUCGAUUGGUAUUGGUUUAUACUACGCCUUUGCUGGCGGCCGACAAAAAACAACAUCGGAAUUUCUUGUUGGAAACCGCAGAAUGAAAGUCCUUCCUGUAGCUAUUUCGUUGAUGGUUUCCUUCGAGUCUUCCAUUAUGAUGCUUGGAGUUCCAGCAGAAGUCUACGAAUACGGCAUCCAGUAUGUUUUGCAGCUAGUUGGCUUCUUCGUCGCUAACAUAUUGGCAAUCAACAUCUUAGUCCCACUACUUCAUCCACUUAAAAUCACCAGUGCAUAUGAGUACCUAGAACUACGGUUCAAGUCCCGAGCGGUCAGACUUACUGGUACCUGCCUCGGCAUCCUGUCUUAUACGUGUUAUAUAGGAAUUGUUCUAUUUGGACCCGGUGUGGCAUUGGAGGCAGGUAAGGCACAUGGAGGACUAAAGGCCGUUAUAUGGACAGAUGUGUUUCAAGCUGCUGUAAUGUAUACAGGGAUGGCGGCUAUACUUAUAAAGGGUUCCAUAGAUGCAGGUGGUGUAAAGGAGACCUGGAGGAUAGCCAAUGAGAACGGACGCGUUAACUUGUUUAACUUUGAUCCGGACCCAACAGUACGGCACACGUUUUGGAACUUAUGUAUUGGGUCUCUGAUUCGAGGUUUCGGCUUUAUGUUCAACCAGUCGACUAUCCAGCGUAUCAGUGCCACGCCCACUGUUAAGGACGCCAAAAGGAUGCUGUUUAUCACCGCCCCAGCCUUCAGUAUCACCCUGACCUGUGCCGCUAUAGAGGGAAUUGUGGUUUACGCCUAUUACCAUACACUAGGGUGUGACCCACUUAAGUCAAAACAGAUCAACAAUCCCAACCAGCUGAUACCGUUUAUGGUGAUGGACAUCUUCAAGAAUCUUCCCGGCAUGCCAGGCCUGUUCAUUGCGUCAUUGUUCAGUGCUUCUCUCAGCACCCUGUCUUCCGGUUUGAGUAGUAUGUCUGCUCUCCUGUACACUGACGUCAUAAAACCUCACACCAAACCAAUGUCACAGUUCAAGGCCACUGUCAUCGCUAAGCUAGCAGUGGUAUUCUUCGGCUGUUUGGCUGUUUGCGUGGCCUUUCUCAUAUCUUUGGUGGGAGGCAACUUGGUCCAGAGAAAUGCCACCUCUUACGGUGGCAUAUCGAAAGGGAUGGAGAACUCUCGAUGUCAAAACAAUCGACUCUCUUUUCUCACACUCAUCGAAAAUCACAUUUCCACUGGAUGUACAGAUACUUCCAGGUAUCGCUGGAAAGAUUUGUCAUUUUUCUCCCAUAAACCUCCUACCUCCACAGAAGGUAUCGCAAAGUUAUACACAAUAUCCUACUUAUGGUUGAGUGUUAUUGGCAUCUUGACUGUCUUCAUAUUUGGAGCCAUCUUCAGUCUAAUGACAGGACCUAUGAAACCGGAGGAUGCCAAUCCAAUAUACUUGGUAUCGUUUGCGGAUAAGGUCAUGUGCUAUCUCCCCUUGUCUUGGAGGAAGCGGCUCCGACUCGGCGUCGACUUUGAACAGGCUGAAAAGUUUCACGAUGCGGCUGCCGAGCUCGACGAGUUCGUGUUGAAAACAGAGAAAGAGGGUAUGGAGGUUACGUAUGCUGAACCUGUUAUCUCCCCUGUAAAAGGGAACGUCCCGGAUGUAAAUAUCAAGUUAACGAUUAAAGACGAGGAACAUGUCGCUGCAAAUGGAGAUACCGAAGCACAUAUAGAGACUAUCAACGAGGUAGUCGCAAAAGGUCACGAAACAGAAGUGGAGGGGAUAAAAACUGUUAAACAAAGUUGAUUUUUUUAAAAUUGUUGAAUGGUGAGAUCAUGUGAAAAGAAUUCGUUUCUACCAUUGUUUCGGAAAACAUACUUAUGUAUAGAUUGUUUUAAAAUGAGUUGCAUUAUAGAGAAUUUCAUUUUCAUCUAUAAAUAAAAUAUUUUGAAUUAGAUAUAUAUUAUAUCAAUAACUUUCUGCUAAAAUGUUAGCAGUGUAGUUUCUAUUUUAUUUGGUUUUGUAAAUGUCAAUAAAAAAAUUGA